UUGUGUCAUUGUCGUCCACAGGCGUGGUUCAAAUGCGGAAGGUUUCACUCUGUCAGUUCCCUAAACUAAUAAACUCGUAUGGGAAUCUACUAGAGCAGGUGUCUCGCGGGGACAGUUUUAUCUCAUGGGGGAUUGUUUGAGAAAAACUUGCCCAUGUCUUAAGACAUUGUGGGACAAAAUAUUCGGACCCUCAAAGGGCGAUGGAGAAAACAGCGUGAAAUCUGACUGCACGGGUGAAGAACCCGGUAAUACAAGUCGUUACGAUCCGCAGCCGCAGCCACCGCCACCAUCACCUCGACCUCCGAAGCCAGAGGAGAAUGGUGCUGAUAUUUAUACUGCUCUAUGGGACUUUGAGGCACGCGACGAAAAGGAGUUGUCGUUCAAAGCUGGUGAUAUGUUCGAGAUUACCAACCGUUCCGGUGACUGGUGGAGUGCGAAGAAACUCGACUCAUUCGGCCGCGGGGAAACCGGUUUUGUUCCGUUCAAUUAUGUGGCGCGAGCGGAAUCUAUACAGUCUCAACCGUGGUUUUUUGGAAAGAUGAGUCGUUUUGAAGCAAUGAGUCUCCUCAUGUUACCAGGAAAUGAUAAUGGAUCCUUCCUUGUGCGAAUUAGUGAGAGUGACAGCAUGGGCUUCGUGAUCUCAGUGAAGACACAGAACAAAGCAAAACACUUCAAGAUCUACCAGACUAGUGGUCAGGUCUAUGUGGAUCCGUCUCCUACAUUCGCCAGUGUAUUAGAGGUGGUUGAAUAUUAUCAAACUCACCCAUUAUCCACUUCAGACAAACUGAAGCGACCCUGUAUUCGGAAUAAGCCUCAGCUGCAGGGUCUGUCACCCUCCACAGACGAUGAGUGGGAACUGCCUAAAGAAGAAUUUACCCUUGGAACGAAGCUGGGUGGUGGCCACUUUGCUGACGUUUACAGUGGCACGUGGAGAAAUCAGACUAAAGUGGCCAUCAAAAUCCUCAAGAAAACUGAUGCUGUGGUGCAGAGGGAAUUUCAUUUGGAGGUGCAGAUCAUGAAGCGUCUGCGUCACAGGCACCUGAUUGCACUCUUUGCCAUCUGCACUUCUUCCACCCCAUUUUACAUCAUCACAGAACUAGUAGAGAAGGGCGACCUGCUUAAUUUCCUCAGAAUGGGAGAGGGUAAGGCUUUGGAAAUGGAGUCUCUGAUUGACAUGGCAGCUCAAGUAGCAGAUGGGAUGGCAUAUUUAGAGGCAAAUCACAGUAUUCAUAGAGACCUUGCUGCAAGAAAUGUUCUAGUCGGAGAGGGCUAUGUCUGCAAAAUUGCUGAUUUUGGCCUAGCUCGAGUCAUUAAGGAGCCUGUUUAUAUAUCUGAUGACAAGAAAAUACCAUAUAAAUGGACCGCACCUGAGGCUAUCAGUCAUGGCCGUUUCUCAAGUAAAUCUGAUGUCUGGUCAUUUGGGAUUCUCCUUUAUGAGAUUGUCACGCAUGGAGGCAUGCCUUACCCAGGUUAUCAGCCUGGUGAGGUGUAUAGUCUCGUCGCAGAAAGACACUAUAGAAUGCCUUCACCACCCGGUUGUCCACAGAUCAUUUACAACAUCAUGAAAUCUUGCUGGAGAGCAGAUCCAGGAGACCGUCCCACUUUUGAGGUUCUGAGACAUGAACUAGACAUCUAUCAAGUGAGCCUCUAUGAAGAUUUGGGCAAAAAGCCUGAGCCGUUAAAUUCUUGGAUACCAAAACGAGACUGACUGUUAACAAUUGCAACAGACAGAUGCUACGUAAAAUCAUCUUUGAAUCAUCUUUGAUGGAUUAGAUGGACUGUAGUAAUUAGUCCACCAUAUCAGAUUUCAGAUCAUGAGGAAGAUGCACACAUGAAGCACUUUUUGGGAGCACUAAGGGCAAAUAAUAAUUUAUUUGUGUUUAGACUUGGAGCAAUAAUUAUUGACUGAGUUUAAUGAGACAGAUGCUGUAGUUGUUGUUUUUUUUUGUUUUUUUUUAAAUAAUAAACCGUGUUGUUCUCAGGUAGAGUAGACUGAUUAAAAGAUCAUGAAGCCAUUUUAAAUCUGUAAUCAGCAAUCAGUUCAGGGGAAUUAAAAUACAAGUUAAAAUGACUAAUUACAUUUCUUAAAAUGGUAAAAUCUUAAUAUUGAAUGUAUGUAUGUGCUUGUUUUUAAUGUUUUUUCCUCUUCUCAAGCCUUUAAUGCAAAUGUGAAAAGCAAUAUAGAGGAAUAUUCCAUACAAGUGGCAUUAUCAUAUUAAGUAUGAAGCAGAUGAACAUGAACAAAAUGCUGUAAAACAACAAAUAAGAUAUGCUGCCUUAAGCUGAUCUGUACACUUUGUAAAUAUUGUGCUGUAUUGUCUGCAAUAUACUUUAUUGUAUAUUAUAAUGUAUUGCAUUGUUAAUGUUUACUGCAAUUCACUAAAACAAAUUCCUUGUAGCAAUCUGAUAAACUUUAAAAAAAGAAAACACAUGCCAAAUCACACACAAAAAUGUUAAAGCUUCUUUGUAUUCCUCAUGAUGGGUAUAAUCCUGAUGUGUGUCCCAAUUGUGGUUAACUGCAUUGUGUAAGGAAACUAUGAUGGGGCAGGAUUGCGAUCAUAUAUUAUGAAAUUUUAUUGCCAUAUCUGCAAAUUCAAAGGUCUUGGAACUAUUAGAUAACAAUGUUUAUUUGUUUUGGCAGAUGUAAUGCUCUAUAUUGAUGCAGGUGGUAAUGGAUUGUUCUAUAGGGUCAUUGUUCAAACUAGCUGCUUCUCACAAUAAGUGAACCAAUGAAUCAUGCCUGUACAAUAUGAAAUGCUACCAGCAGAUGGCGACACAUCAUUAUUUUAGUGAUGAGCUGUAGCUUUCAACCGAGAAGUCUGUAUUUUAAUUAAUGGCAUGUCAUUAUAGUGCAGACAUCAUAAAGAGUGAAACUGCAAAUAUAUAUAUAAAUAUAAAAUAAAGGAACAAAAAAUAGGAA